AUGGAGAACUGUACCACAGCUGACAGCAGAAUGCAGAAUGCUAUCUUGCUGUUCCAAGAGAUCAUCUACAUCCCAGUGUUCGCUUUGGGAAUCCUCCUGAACACCUUUGCCUUCUGGGUUUUCUGCUGGAAACUGAAGAGGUGGACGGAAACCAGGGUGUACAUGAUCAACCUGGUGGUGGCAGACAGUUUCCUGCUCUUUGCCCUGCCUUUCCUGUUGUAUUUUGAGAAGUACAACCACCCCACGGACCAGCUCUGCUCCACUGUGAAGAACAUCUAUUUUACAAACAGGCCCAUGAGCAUCCUCAUCAUCAUGCUGAUCGCCAUUGAUCGAUACAUUGCCAUCAAGUUCCCUCUGCAAGCAAAGAUUCUGCGGUCCCCACUGAAAUCAGCUUCUAUCUGUGGGUUUCUUUGGGGAACAUUGAUCCUUUAUUCCUCCCUGCAAUCACAAUUUUAUGUCAGCAGCAAAAAGCACUGCCUUCAGAAGCCAUCUGCUGAACCUAGUUACUCCUUGUUAUUCUCCACCAUCUUUGGGUAUUUUAUCCCCUUGGGGAUUGUGAUUUUUUGCUCAGUGCAAGUCAUCAAAUGUCUCAAAAAGAAGUUGGCCACAAGCCCUCAUGAGACAAAUUUAAUCCAGAAAGCAAUCUACAUUGUUUCUGUGAAUUUGUGUGUGUUCAUCAUAUGUUUUUCACCUCUCUACAUCACAUUGCUCUUGGGAUUUGUGGUGGAUGUUGUUGGAGCUCAAGCUCUGUGCUUGCAAAUUCGAGCCUCUGUUCAGAUCUGUGCAUGCUUAGCAAAUUCCAACUGCUGCUUGGAUGCAUUUUGUUAUUACUUUGCAGCCAAGGAAUUUCAGGAAUUUCCUUCUCUCUUUCCCAUUUGCAUAUCAAGGAGGUCCAAGAUGAACCAAAGCCAAGAGUCACAGCCACCCAUGGAACAUUUAUGA